UAAUUGUAUGUCCGUCAUUUCAGUACGAUUUGGACGGUUAAACGUAACACAAGUGCAGCUGUGGUCUCGCCGUUGAUGUCGGAAUAUUGAAGAAUUUAACGAGUUGUGGAUUCGAGUGCGGUUAGCAAAAGUAGAAUAAAUUAAUUUCAAUAUUUUUGAUAAAACCAAAUUACUUUGGCAAAACCUUUAGAAAAUUAGCAACCAUAGUGAAACUCGCUGUUGCCGGAAGUACGAACAUAUUAAGUAAAACAACAAAAAACAAAUCGCAAUAUUUACUUAUCUAAUGAAUUUUGCGAACAAAAUUUAUUCACCAAAAAUAGUAAAAGUUUCCAUCAAAAUAUUACAAAACAUGCAAAAAAGGAAUACGGCGUGUGUUACCAAGCUAGUUAAAGCAUAACAAAUCGCAGCUUACAUACAUACAUACAACUUAACUGAGAAGAAACAAGUUUGUGUCCAUAGUCUUUUGUGUGUGAAAUCUGAGAUUUCUACUGCUCGAUUACAGAGCAAUAAAAUUCUGCAGAGAACUGCGAAGUAAGCGAAACUACACAAACGGGUAGUAAAAAUUAAAAAAAAAAAAAACAAAUAAAUAAAUAAAAACAAAGCAAUAAACUGAAGAAUUUGACGAUUUUUUAGUUAAAAAAAAGAGUUUGGCAGCCAAGCAGCAUCAAUUGAGCAAAAAGCAGCCGGUGGCAGAGGAGCAGAGAAACACGUGUUGAGAACUUUUGCACGCAAUUUAAUUUACGGAUUUUUAAAAAUAUCAAAUUUUGUUUGGAGCACACAGCGUUGCAUAAAAGCAAAGGCAGACAAACGCCCUACUACAGCUACACCCAUGCCCAAUGUACUGAUAUUUCGGAGUUUCAAUUUUUGAUUUAGAAAUACCAGUAAUCAGCAAAUUACAAACCUAUGACUUCGAUAUUUUAAUUCAAAAUUGCAAAAUAAAAACUACUAAUUUGUUUACUUGCGAAAAGCAUAAACAAAUUAGUAUUCAAGCAGCCAAUAAUUCUGCAGCAACAACGCCAGCUGACGGUCUUUCACCGACGCAAUCAACUGCAACUCAGGCUUAAUGUUGAUAACAGCCGCCAGCGAUCCUGUCAUGGCCACAAACAAUGAUGGCGGAACAGCAGCACAAUGGAAUCGGAGCUCACAGGCUGCCGUGUCGGUGCGACAUGCCUUCAAAGCGUACGGCAAGAAGAAGAACGCCAACCAAGUGUUGAAUAAUUUAAACAUGACCGUACCAAAGGGCACAAUCUACGGCCUCCUAGGCGCCUCUGGUUGUGGAAAAACCACAUUACUCUCAUGCAUUGUGGGACGACGGCGUAUGGACUCGGGCGAGAUUUUCGUGCUCGGCGGCAAACCAGGUACACGUGGCUCCGGCGUACCCGGCAAACGUGUCGGCUACAUGCCACAGGAGAUCGCCUUGUACGGUGAAUUCUCGAUACGCGAGACAAUGAUGUACUUCGGUUGGAUAUUCGGCAUGGGCACCAAAGAGAUCAUGGAGCGUCUGCAAUUCUUAUUGAAUUUCCUCGAUCUGCCAUCUGAGAAGCGUUUGGUGAAGAACUUGAGUGGUGGCCAACAGCGACGUGUCUCCUUUGCUGUGGCACUUAUGCACGAUCCGGAAUUGCUGAUUUUGGACGAGCCAACAGUGGGCGUGGACCCUCUAUUGCGACAGAGUAUCUGGAAUCACUUGGUGCAUAUCACAAAGGCUGGACAAAAGACAGUAAUUAUAACGACACAUUACAUUGAGGAGGCGCGUCAAGCACACACGAUUGGCCUUAUGCGCUCCGGUCAUUUGUUGGCUGAGGAGUCACCCAGCGUUUUGCUGUCAAUGUACAAAUGUAUUAGUCUGGAAGAGGUUUUCCUGAAGUUGUCGCGCAUGCAAAGCCAAAAAGGAGAAAUCUCGAAUGUGAAUUUUAGUAAUAAUAUUUCAUUACAUGCCAUGGCAUUCGGCAGUAAAAUGGAUAAGCCCAGCUCAAGUCAAGAAGGUGGCGUCGUCGGACUGAAUUUCCAUCAAAGCAAAGAAGUGCUGAUUACCGAAACAAAUGGAUCGGUCUUUACGUUGAACCAGGAGCCCUACGAUCCGCCACCCAUGAAACGCAAUAGUCCCAAAGAUGAAGAAAGCUGCCAAGAUUGCUGUGCGAAUUUGUGCAAGGUCACAACUAAAGGCAAAAUGAAGGCAUUGUUGACCAAAAACUUCCUACGCAUGUGGCGUAACGUCGGUGUGAUGCUGUUCAUUUUCGCGCUGCCCGUAAUGCAGGUGAUACUCUUCUGUUUGGCAAUUGGACGUGACCCGACCGGUUUGAAUUUGGCGAUCGUCAACAGUGAAAUGAACAAUACAAAUAUCUGCUAUUGGGAGGAUUCUUGCCAUUUCACGAAUCUCGGUUGCCGCUAUUUGAGCCAUCUGAAUGACACUAUGGAUAAGACGUACUACACCGAUCUGGAGGUUGCUAAAAAUGAGGUGCGGCAGGGCAGAGCUUGGGGUGUGCUCUACAUAACGGAGAACUUCACAGACGCAUUUGUAGCACGUGUGGCAUUGGGACGUGAUGCUGAUGAUGAGACUAUUGAACAAUCGGAAAUUAAAGUUUGGCUGGAUAUGUCCAAUCAGCAAAUCGGUAUUAUGCUGAAUCGUGACAUACAACUGGCCUACCGCGACUUUGCCAUGUCAUUGUUGGAUCAAUGCGGCAAUAAUCCCAAACUCGGCGAUGUGCCAAUUCAAUUUAGAGAACCCAUUUACGGCACAAUGAAUCCAUCAUUCACAGAUUUCGUCGCUCCAGGUGUGAUAUUGACAAUUGUUUUCUUCUUGGCUGUGGCAUUGACGUCAUCCGCUUUAAUCAUCGAACGCACUGAGGGCCUACUCGAUCGCUCUUGGGUUGCUGGCGUUACACCCGGUGAAAUUCUCUUCUCGCACGUCAUCACCCAAUUUGUGGUUAUGUGCGGCCAAACAACACUUGUACUCAUCUUCAUGCUGGUCGUUUUCGGUGUUACAAAUAAUGGCGAUCUCCUCUGGGUUGUCGUCUUGACUCUCUUGCAGGGUCUUUGUGGCAUGUGUUUCGGCUUCCUCAUCUCAUCCGUCUGUGAGUUGGAACGUAACGCCAUACAACUGGCGUUGGGCUCAUUCUAUCCUACGCUACUGUUAUCUGGUGUGAUUUGGCCCAUUGAGGGCAUGCCCAUCGUGCUGCGAUACAUUUCGCUUUGCCUGCCCCUGACACUCGCUACCACUUCGCUGCGCUCGAUAUUGACGCGCGGUUGGGCAAUCACGGAAAAAGCUGUGUACUCUGGCUUCCUGAGUACGUUGGCGUGGAUCUUUGGUUUCCUGAUACUGACGCUGUUGGUGCUACGAGCGAAGCGGGGAUAAUAAAUAUGCUUUGCCGCAGGGACAACAAAUUAAUUUAAUUUUUCUUAAUUUUUUUUUAUUUGCAUUUUAUUUUAUUUUAACUUACGAUUCUAGAAACUGUACAGAAAUCAGAAAUGUAAAGAAGAAGCAUUGGCUUAAUGAAAGCCUACCUGUAAAUGGUUAGCAGAUACAGUGCAUAAGACCUUAUCCAAAGUAUGUAUGUAUGUGGGCGUGUUCGAGAAAUGUCCCAACAAGUUUUAGCUGAGUUUUAGUAGUAGAGAGUAUAC